AAGUCAUAGUCCGUUGGUGACCUCCCGUCCUCAUUAUUUUUUCAUGUCGGUUUCCGCUACGUUUAUGAUUUUUUUCCUGCCUAUGUACGUCCGCUGCAUCUAUUAAUAGUGGCGGGGCGGGAGCUGUUCGAGCUGGCAUCGCCGGUGGCGCGGCAGUCAGCGGGAAAGUCCUCGGCGAACGGACGCGUUCCUCCGCCGGUCGAGCUCGGUACGUUCAUCGGUCCUCUGCCGACCAGCAUGGCCGAGCCGAUCUGGCUGUACCAGUUUCGCCUGAUCCUCAUCGGAGACUCCACGGUGGGAAAAUCUUCACUUCUACGCCGCUUCACCGACGGGAAGUUUAUCGAGUAUUCGGACCCGACGGUCGGGGUGGAUUUCUUCGCGAGGCUGAUGGAGGUGGAGCCCGGGAAGAGGGUCAAGCUGCAACUGUGGGACACCGCCGGUCAGGAGCGAUUCAGGUCUAUCACAAGAUCGUACUACCGGAACUCGGUCGGCGCGGUCCUGGUGUACGACGUCACAAACCGGAAAUCGUUUGAGCACCUGGAGUCGUGGUGGCACGAGGCCAAGCAGCACACCAUGCCUCACAACAUGGUCUUCAUCCUAGUCGGGCACAAAAUCGACCUGGCCUCGCAGCGCGAGGUCAGCCAGGAGGAGGGGCAGCAGUUCGCCCGGACUCACGACAUGUCGUACUUAGAGACCUCGGCGAAAAACGCGGAGAACGUGGAGAAGGCGUUCUGGCAGGUGACGCGGGAGAUCUACGAACUUGUGGAGAUGGGGGUGAUCAGCACGGAGGAGGGGUGGGAGGGCGUGAAGAGUGGCAUGAUGCCGCGCAGCUACAGCACCGUCCCGCUGGCACAGGACAACAGCAGCGAGAAGAAGUGCUUGUGCUCCUGAUCAUGACGGGAACGGGGGGACGCGUAACUAACGGUCAGAAACUCCACAGGACGCCACAGCCACCGCAACUGGUCUGAACUUUCAUUUGGUAUCCUUCCUUCGGUCAUAAUUGAACUGGGAAAGUUAACGCAGUUCACGGUCAAAGAUUCAUCAGAAGGAUGACGGCUUAGACUAGCAGUUUUCCAGUUUCAACUUUUUAUUAGGAAGUCGUCAUCAGAAAAACACAGUUCAAGGUUUCAUCAAAAUGACUUCUAAGCUCUGCCAAAGAGUCUUUUCCCACUAGGACUUGCAUGCACUGCAAGUCAUCCAAACUUUUUGUUUUCUAUCCUUCCUUCAGGCGUAAGGCGACUCCAAUUUUAUUUGUUGGUUACUAGUAUUAUCUGUUAGUUCUUGAAUUGAAAUUUUAAGUACUGAAUACACAGACCUGUGCAAGUUACAUACAGGUAGACAUCAGAAAUACCUGGUAUGUCCAACAUUGCACACAAACACUACUGAAAACAUAACCUUCUUAGCACAGGUAGAAUGUAAUUCACUUUCAUAGCUAGUCCAGGAAAGUGUUGGUGAGCUUUGGUGUUUCUCGGGAGUUUUGACCUACUGGGAACGAACUGUAAACUAAGUCAUGAACCAAAUUUUGUAUGAUAGAUAACCGGAGAAUGUUGUGUAACAAAUUGAUACAUCUUACUAGAUGUAGAAUCAUGGUGUGAUAAUUUCUGUGUACUCUGUCAUCGCAUUGUAGUAUGUUAGCCAAGUUUAGAAUAGAUACAUGUAAAAGGAUUGAAUAUAUUUGA